AUGUCUCUUGGAUGGGGAAUCCCUAUUCUUCUUGUCGUCGGCCAAAUAUGCCACAAUAAAAUCAUUGGCUUCGAAAACUGCUUUCCAGAAGGAUCGUCUAUCCGCUACUGGAAUGAAAUACCGAUAAUCGUGAUGCUUACAAUCAACUUCGAAAUCUUUAUUUUGAUUAUUUCGAAAAUAUCUACCAAGUUAAUACCAAACGGGGGUCAGCGACACGGCUCGCACUCAUCCCCAACUUGUCCUGGAAACGCCACCCGUGGCACUGGCCGGACUGUUCCGACUCUUCGCCUGGCAAAAGCGACGCUAACACUUAUUCCCGUUAUGGGCAUGCAAAACCUCCUCUUCAUUCUGAUACCAUCUCAGGGCGUAGAAGAUAGAACCAUAGAAAUCCGAAAUUUGAUAGAGCAGAGUCUUGAAGCCUACUCUGGAAUUUUAGUGGCUAUAAUUUACUGUUAUCUGAACCACGAAGUUCAAGGCGAGAUAGGGCGAUAUAUUAUGAACACGAGACUGAGAUGGCUUAUUUUCGAAGAAAGAAGAACAGGCGUCGAGCGAUUUCGGCAACGUGUAUCCCGCGUCUCGCAGGACGUUUCUGUCAUACAGCCGAAGCGUAAAUCGAGGAGAACGAGGUCAAAAAGAUUAUCAAAGAAAAACUCUAGGAAAUGCUCAAUUGGCGAAACCAGGAAAUUAAGAGACGAGGCCUCUUCAACUCGCAUUCUAUCAAGCGAUCGCGAUGAUUCUGAGGAAGUCAUCAACAAAAUUGACAAUUAUGACUUUGAAAGUACUGAUUACAACGUCUAA